AUGUGCUUUGACAAUGGCGUGGAAUCUGAAAAGUCAUUUGCGCAGUUAAAGGAGAAGUGGCGGGUGCUCUUGGAUAAAUACAAAAGCGUAUGUGAUAACAACAAUCGCACGGGAAGGGAACGGAAAACGUUCAAGCACUAUGAAGACAUCGACGAAUUUAUGGCUUCAUCAGACAAAGUGAAUGCAAGAUUUGUCAAGGAAACGAAAGCCCAUGAUACCGACGUUAUUUUAUCGACGGGAAAUCAAGAUUGCAGUAAGAAAACAGAGAAACGGCCGCCCAGCUCUGCUGGAGGAGAUAGUGCGGAUGCAGAGAAAACUGAAAAACUGGGCAAAAGGAUGAAAAAGGACCAAAAAAGAAGAAGAAAAGGCUUAGCGGCGAUGACAUGGAGCUAG